UUAGGGGUAGUGAAUAGAAAAUCAUUGGAGCUGCCCGCCCUUCACGCAUUGAAAGGGUCCGCCUUGAAUUGUGUCAGAUCAGAGUAGUGUUUUCAGUUGGCACAUUGGAAUCGAGCGUUUCGGAGCACUACCAGACAGCCAGCCAGCCAGACCCUGCUAUUUCCACAGUUUUAUCAAAAGUCAACGGUUUGAGAUUUGCUACGCGCAAUUGUCUGUCCAGUUUUAAGGAGUGUCUGUGCAAGCUGGUGAGACAAUACGAGCACCAAUACCACCCUUGGAUGCGGUUGUAUUCGGACAAGCGCGCAAAAGACAAUCGCUGGAGGGAGGUAUCACAAUUUGGACACCGAUACAAAGAAACAUGGAGAAAGAUUCGGGACCGGUAUGUUCACAAUCUGAAAAGGGUGAAAGAGAUGAGGAGUAGGGCUGCCGCCAGUGUGAGAGUCCUGCCGAUUGUCCAACAACUGGACUGGCUUCGUGUUUACGUGACACAUCGUCAGACACCCAUAUGCCAGAUACGGUAUGUACUCUUGUCAUGCAUCUGAGUACUUUUGUACUGUGUGUUUGUGAUCUUAUGUUUAGAAGACCUAGUUGGAACAUGACGGCUCUUUUCUGGGUGGGAGAAAUUGUGAGUGGGAAAUAUUUAGCACCUGUGUAGUUAUCAUAAUGAUUAGCAGGGCUAGUUCAAACAUCUGAAAACAGACAAUGGGGUGUGUGCAUAUGCUAAUUAGUUUGAGAUGUUUAUGAAAUCAGUUCCUUUUGAUUAAGCAUUUGAACUCUAAGGAGCCCAUGGAGAUAUUUAAAGGUUAUUGCGACGUAUUCUAAUAUAUUCGCCAUCUGCUUGGAGUGGUGUGGUGUUUUUUGCAGCUCAUCUAAAGGUGGGUCAUCGCCCCUUGGUUCAUCUCCUCGGCCUGGUUCAUCUCCAUCAACCUCUGCCCCAGACCCAGCUCCAGUGGCCGGAAGAGGAAGACAGCUGACGAUCCUUUGGACACUGACGUUAUGCAGCGGGUGGAUGAGUUAAAGAAACUGCAGCAGGGGUGUGAUUGACAGCUGUCAGACCUAAGUUAAGAUGGACGAGCUCCAGGACGUGCAGCUGACUGAGAUCAAGCCCCUGCUCACAAAUAGGAAUGGGCGGAACUUCCAGGACUUUGACUGUCAGGAGCAUGACAUCGAGACCCCCCAUGGUGUCCUGCAUGUGACGAUGAGUGGCACCCCCAAGGGCAACAGACCUGUCAUCCUCACCUACCAUGACAUUGGACUCAACCAUAAGUCCUGUUUCAACACGCUGUUCAAUUUUGAGGACAUGCAGGAGAUCACAUCACACUUUGCUGUUGUCCACGUGGAUGCCCCAGGACAGCAGGAGGGUGCUCCCCCAUUCCCUACAGGCUACCAGUACCCUACCAUGGAUGAGCUCUCUGAGAUGCUGCCCUCUGUCAUGACUCAACUGAAGGUGAACAGUGUGAUUGGGAUUGGAGUAGGAGCUGGAGCCUACAUCCUGUCCAGACUGGCUCUUAAUGAGCCUGCCCUGGUCGAAGGUCUGGUCCUCAUCAAUGUGGACCCCUGUGCAAAGGGCUGGAUGGACUGGGCCGCCUCAAAGAUGUCCGGCUGGACCAGUAACCUGGUUGACAUAGUGAUGGCCCACCACUUCAGUGACGAUGAGCUGUCUGACAACCAGGAGAUCACCCAGACAUAUAGGCUGCACAUUGCCCAGGAUAUUAACCAGGACAACCUGGCCCUCUUCUGCAACUCCUACAACAGCCGUCGGGACUUGGAGAUCGAGAGGCCCAUUACUGGUCUGACUGAGGACACAGUGAACACACUGAAAUGCACUUCUCUGCUGGUGGUUGGUGACACGUCCCCGGCUGUCGAUGCUGUGGUUGAAUGCAACUCCAGGUUAAAUCCAACCAAAACAACCCUUCUUAAGAUGCAAGACUGUGGUGGGCUUCCUCAGGUCAUCCAGCCGGGUAAACUCGCGGAGGCCUUCAAAUAUUUUGUCCAGGGAAUGGGUUACAUGACUUUUAACAACGGGUUCCCUCAUGUACUGCUUAGCCACCUGGGCAGCGAAUCAGUGCCCACAGCCAGUAUGACCCGGCUGGUGCGUUCUCGUACCCACUCUGCCUCCAGCAUGGGCUCUGCGGAGGGCACCCGCAGCCGCACCCACACACAGCUAGAGGGCGCCACUGCCGCCGGCCCGGCUGUUGAACAGGCCAGGCCACAGACCAUGGAGGUGUCCUGCUAAAGCACCCUGCCCAGAAAACAUCCUCCUCCCUACCUCCCUUUCUCCCUCCUUCCCUUUCCCAAGCUCAGUCAGAGAGGAUUGGAAUCCCGAGGGGACGUCUGAAACGUGUUCGGAAAGAUAAUUUAUUAAGCAGUCAGGUCCUCUGCUGUGUUCUCUCUCACUCUCACCGUUUCCUGUUGUCUAUCUAACAUGCCUUUAUGUGCAUGACUGCUGUGGCACGUCACCCUGGAAGUCAGUAUGCAGGCAGGUGAUGCUGCUUUUCUGGUUAUCUAUUUUACGUUUUGCUGUCUACCGCCUCUCCCCGUUAAAGGUGGGAGAGUUUUUUUUUUUAAUGCUUAAGAUAUAUAUGAGCUAUAUUUGUAUUUAUAACUACUAUUUGGGUCAGUGUGUCAGUUUAAAGAGGAGUGUUGGAAAAGCGUCAGGCGUUUUCUCUUGCAAAGUACUCUUUAAGGAGUUAGGUUGCCCCUCUCUCCUUCUCCUUCAGAGGUCUUCCUCACCUUGUGUGCAGAUCAGACCAAAUUACAACACCCCCCCCUCGAUCCCCCUCUACUGCCUCCUUAAUGGUCCAUUCCUAAAUCAGUCUCAUGCAGACUUGCUUGCACACCUUUCCUACUACACACAAAAUCUCUUUAUUUCUGUGUUUUUUUUUAUUGUUAUUAUGUUGUGAUUUGUGAAAUACCUUUGCUUUCCUGGAUUGCAAAAUUAUGUGAUAAACAUUUUCUUGUUCUGUACCUUUAUACCAAGAAUAUCUGACAGCAUGACCCUCUAGUAGAUGAAACGUAAUGAACAUGUCUGUAAAAUUGCUUUUGUCUAGAUCUAGAAAUAGUUACCUUGUGGUGUUAUUGUUUAUUUUCUCUUUCGAGCAAGUUAUUUGAAAUGGCAGACCCUAGGCUUUUGAUACCCCCUUUGUUACUGACAGGCAGAGAAAAGAACCACAAUUUCCUGUAGUUUUAUUUAAAGUUCAAAGCAAGCACUUGAUAAUGCUCUUAAGUCAAACCGAGUACCUAAACUAGCCCACAGCUCAGUGAGUUAGGUGUAUAACUGUGUGCCAGUUGAGGUACAGAUAACAUGACUGCCUCUUUCAUUCUUGUAUAAAACUUUCUAACUGGAAGCAAGUAAUGUUUUCCCUUCUAAUUAAAUAAAGACUGGGUGAAAACAGCAAUGGGUCAGAUGCCUGAGCGACUGUGGAUAGUGUAAUAAACUGUUAUUUUAUUAUUCAUAUUAUUGGUCAUUUUCUCUUUGGUUUUUCUGCGUUUCUCUCUGAUUGUACUACACCUUGGGUGAGCUUGUGGUGAUAAUGCAUUGUGCUCUGGCCCCAUAGUAUGGGUGUGUGGUGUAAGUCAUACUGUCUGCUGACUAUAUACAUUUGUACUGAUAAUAAAAUAAAGCUAGAAGUUGUACAUUA